AUGUUUAUUUGUAAACAAGACAAUAGUUAAACACGUAAAAAUUCACACGAUUUCUUAAAAAAUAUAAGAAAAAAACCUUUAAAAUCCACAAAAUUAUAAUGGAAAAGGAGAAAACUGCUGCCGAAAAACUAGCCGAACGCAAAGAACGUCUACGUAGUUUGCACAAACUCAGACAGGAGGCAAGAACCCACAAUCACCAAGAGGUCGUAGCAGAAGAUGCCCGUAAAAAACUGCCAAACAAUUGGGAGGCACGCAAGAGACAAGCAGACUGGCUACUAGCAGACGAAAAGGCUAGAGAAGAAGCCAAAGCCCAAGGAAAAGACUAUGACCGUCUUAAACUACUAGAAGUCUCUGCCUUGGAUGCUGAAAAGAUAGAAAAGAAAAAGAAGAAGAAAAAUCCUGAUCUUGGAUUCUCCACCUUCGAAGCACAGACUGCACGUCAAUAUAGUCGUUUAGUGAAAAAUAUGCCUGCUCGUGAUAUGGAAAAGUAUGAAAAACAAAAAGAAGAAUUGGGUGAAGCUUUCUAUGGCGGACCCAAUACUAUACUUCACGGUCUGGUUAAGGAUAAACCGUCGGCUAUUAAUAAUAUGGUUAAGGAUUUGGAACAGCAGAUCGAUAGACGUAAGAAAUACUCUAGAAGACGUAUUUACAAUGACGAUGCCGAUGUGGACUUUAUCAAUGAACGUAAUUCUAAAUUCAAUAAGAAAUUGGAGAGAUUCUAUGGUGAGCAUACGGCAGAGAUUAAACAGAAUUUGGAAAGAGGUACGGCUAUUUAGACAAAAGACAAGAUGGAGGCGUUUAAAAGCAAUACAUUAUGGGUAUUUGUUUUUUUAUACAUGCAGUAGUUUUAAGUGAAAUCAUAAAAAGUUUCAAUAGAGAAAAUUAUAUGCAAAUUAUCAGGGAAUUGUUUAACGUAACAGUAUUCCUGCCAAAAUUAAAUAUAAUUUCCAGAAAAAA